AUGGGACGCGGUGCUUACGACAACACCGAUGCUUCUCAGCCGAGGUCUUCCGCAGCCGCGAGCGCAAUCGACGCUCACCACGCCAAACAAGCAAGGAGCCAAGCGGCUCGAAGAGCAGCUAAAGAGCAGAAGCAAGGCGUGUCCGACGCUAGCAAGGACACUUCCAAAGCCGAUCAGGAGCACACUGGCCAGAAAUGA